GCCCGCGAGCCAGAGUUCCAUGCGCGCUCCCUUCGCCCGGGCAAGUCGCUGUUGCUUCCUGGGGCUGAGACGUCCGCUCCGUCCCCUCCCCACCCGGUGACCGAGGCAAGAACCCAGCUUGUCGUGCACUGUGGCCGGUCGCCACUGUUGAGUGGAAACAAAAUGUCUGUCAGCGUGCACGAGAACCGCAAGUCCAGGGCCAGCAGUGGCUCCAUUAACAUCUAUCUGUUCCACAAGUCCUCCUACGCGGACAGUGUCCUUACUCACCUGAACCUGUUACGCCAGCAGCGUCUCUUCACCGACGUCCUUCUCCAUGCCGGAAACAGGACCUUCCCGUGUCACCGGGCGGUGCUGGCCGCGUGCAGCCGCUACUUCGAAGCCAUGUUCAGCGGCGGCCUGAAGGAGAGCCAGGACAGCGAAGUCAACUUCGACAACUCCAUCCACCCGGAAGUCUUGGAGCUGCUCCUCGACUACGCUUACUCCUCCCGGGUCAUCAUCAAUGAAGAAAACGCGGAAUCGCUCCUGGAAGCUGGCGACAUGCUGGAGUUUCAAGACAUCCGGGAUGCCUGCGCCGAGUUCCUAGAGAAGAACCUGCACCCGACCAACUGCCUGGGCAUGCUGCUGCUGUCCGACGCGCACCAGUGCACCAAGCUGUACGAGCUCUCCUGGAGGAUGUGUCUCAGCAAUUUCCAGACCAUCAGGAAGAACGAAGAUUUCCUCCAGCUGCCCCAGGACAUGGUAGUGCAGCUCUUGUCCAGUGAAGAGCUGGAGACGGAAGACGAAAGACUUGUGUACGAGUCUGCAAUUAACUGGAUCAGCUACGACCUGAAGAAGCGCUACUGCUAUCUCCCGGAGCUGUUGCAGACAGUGAGGCUGGCUCUGCUGCCGGCCAUCUAUCUCAUGGAGAAUGUGGCCAUGGAGGAACUCAUCACCAAGCAGAGGAAGAGCAAGGAGAUCGUGGAAGAGGCCAUCAGGUGCAAGCUGAAAAUCCUGCAGAACGACGGUGUGGUGACCAGCCUCUGUGCCCGGCCCCGGAAAACCGGCCAUGCCCUCUUCCUCUUGGGAGGACAGACUUUCAUGUGUGACAAGCUGUAUCUGGUCGACCAGAAGGCCAAAGAGAUCAUUCCCAAGGCCGACAUCCCCAGCCCGAGAAAAGAGUUCAGUGCCUGUGCAAUUGGCUGCAAAGUAUACAUUACUGGGGGGCGAGGGUCUGAGAAUGGAGUCUCGAAAGAUGUCUGGGUUUAUGAUACCCUGCAUGAGGAGUGGUCCAAGGCGGCCCCCAUGCUGGUGGCCAGGUUUGGCCAUGGCUCUGCUGAACUGAAGCACUGCCUGUACGUGGUCGGGGGGCACACUGCCGCCACUGGCUGCCUCCCGGCCUCCCCCUCAGUCUCUCUAAAGCAAGUAGAACAUUAUGACCCCACAACCAACAAAUGGACCAUGGUGGCCCCUCUCCGAGAAGGGGUCAGCAAUGCCGCAGUGGUGAGUGCCAAGCUCAAGCUGUUUGCUUUCGGAGGUACCAGCGUCAGUCAUGACAAGCUCCCCAAGGUUCAGUGUUACGAUCAGUGUGAAAACAGGUGGACGGUCCCAGCCACCUGUCCCCAGCCCUGGCGUUACACGGCGGCAGCUGUGCUGGGUAACCAGAUUUUUAUUAUGGGGGGAGAUACCGAGUUCUCCGCCUGCUCUGCUUAUAAAUUCAAUAGCGAGACUUACCAGUGGACCAAGGUGGGAGACGUGACAGCAAAGCGCAUGAGCUGCCACGCUGUGGCCUCCGGAAACAAACUCUACGUGGUUGGAGGGUACUUUGGCAUUCAGCGAUGCAAAACCCUGGACUGCUACGAUCCAACGUUGGACGCGUGGAACAGCAUAACCACGGUCCCGUACUCGCUGAUCCCUACUGCGUUUGUCAGCACCUGGAAACAUCUGCCCUCUUAAACACAAUGCAUCCUAAAGAGAGUGAGCGUAAGCUGACUCCAUCCCUUAACGAGACAAGAUGGGAUUUCUACUUUGGAGAGACCAAAUUGAAUGAAGAGAAAGAAAAGAAAAAGGAAAAGAAGUUGCUACAGUCCAAUCCACCACACCUUGUAAAUGCUUCUAACUGGACUUGAAGGAAGGGGGGGGGAGGGGGAGGG